AUGCAUGAAAUUGUUACACUUCAGCUGGGCCAGCGGGCUAACUACCUAGCAACACAUUUUUGGAAUUUGCAGGAAUCGUACUUUACAUAUGACGGAGAACAGAGUGAUGUUGUUCAUGAUAUUCACUUUCGACCGGGAGUUGGAGCGGAUGGUUCCGAGACCUACACUCCACGCACAGUAAUCUAUGAUCUGAAAGGCGGAUUUGGAACAUUACGCAGAUACAAUGCACUUUACGAGCUGAAUGAAGAUUCCAUGCCAGGCCAAGGAUUAUGGGAUGGUCAAGAGAUUGUCCAAAAGCAAACUCUGAUUCAACAAAGUGAAUAUCAGAAAAGCUUGGAUCUAGGCACUCCAGCCCCUCGGCUGACCUCAGAGUCUGUACGCUACUGGUCAGACUAUAACAGAAUUUACUAUCAUCCAAGAUCCAUUGUUCAGCUAAAUGAAUACGACCUCAACUCUCAGACUAUGCCCUUUGAGGAUUGGAAUGUCGGAGAAGAUUUAUUCAAAGACCUUGAUAAGGAGCACGACCUGCUGGACCGUGACCUGAGACCUCUCCUUGAAGAAUGUGACCACUUGCGGGCACUGCAACUAUUCUCCGGGUCAGAUGAUGCUUGGGGCGGAUUCGCUGCCCAGUAUAUGGAAAGACUGAGAGAUGAAUUUGGAAAGAAAAGCAUUUGGGUGUGGUCUAUUGAAGACAGCACCAAAACGCAGCGGCAUCACCAGUUCAAGAAGGAUACGAACAAGGCCAGGUCACUCUGCUCGAUCUCUCCACUGGCAUCGGUCUACUCUCCAGUUAUUGACAUUCCGCAUAAGCUGCCCAGCUAUCUCAACGUCGAUCGCCAAUCAGAAUGGCAGAAAACAGCUCUGCUGGCCUCAGCUAUUGAGACCGUCACAAUGCCUUCCAGAUUGCGGCCGUAUCGGCAUUUCGAGGCCUCUCUCGCCGGCGAAGAUGGCACGCACACCAUCUUCGAAUUGCAAUCUUCCAUCAACAAAAUCAAAAUCAAUGACAGCAAAACGCAAGCCGAAAUUGAAUUUGACAUUGACUUUUCCUAUGACGGCGAGCACAACAAGGGCGCCCAUAUCUUUAACCAAGUUCAGGUAACCCGUGGAGAGGAACCUGAAAGGGACAGUGAAUCUAUCGAGGAUAGGGACGUUGGGUACCUUCGCAAACUUAGAAGAUACAACUCGGAGUCGACGCUGCAAAGUUUCCACACGUCACUCAGCUUGCCUAUUCUUGACAGUUUCCCGUACAACAUGUUCCCGACUCCUAAGACAGGCUCUGGAGUAAAUGUUUUUACUGCAUUGACCGCUUCGACGAGGACAGCUCAGAGGAUCAAAGCUAUCUCGGCAACUGCCGCACGUCUGGUCUCAGUCGACGAGCGCGAGGCCUUAGUAAAUGGACUUGGCGAGAUUCGAGAGUACUACGAGACGGGGUGGAGUAGUGGCUCUGACGAUGAAGACGAUUAG